CUCCCCAUCAUGCAGACCUUUUCCCGCCUCGCCGUCAUCGCCGGUGCGCUGACCGUGGCAUCCGCCCAGUUCCUCCCGCAGAGCUGCUACUCGCUCACGGCGCAGUGCAACUACGUCGACGCCGAUCUCAGCGAUGUGUGGGGCAACGUCGCCUGCACGCAGUACGCCCUCUGCGCGCAAAACUACAAGACACCCGUGGAGAUCAUCGGGCUCCUCGGCGCCUCGGCGAACCAGCCGAAGCUCUCGCAGGACGUGUUCGCCAAUAUCACAGGCGGCGACCCGUUGCUCACAGCGGAGAACUACGCAGUCAACUACGAGAAGGCCGUCGCGCGUGCGGGCGGCACGUAUACCGCUAGCGACAACGCACUCGUCGAGGAGCAAUACCGCAUCAUCGCCGGCUGGACGAACAAGUGCGACGGCGGCAUCUCGUACGACGAUCUCGCCGACUGGCUCGCGAACUCGGCCAAGCCCGGCGUGUGCCCCAAGGUGACGUCCUGCGACGGCAAGUUCGCGGCCGUGGACACGCCGUGCGGCACGCAGCCGGAUGGCGAAAACGGCUCGUGCGCCGCGGUCAAUGCGCAGUGCGAGCUCUGGGUCACGGGCGGCGCGUGGAAGAACGAGUACUGCGUGCUCGGCGCGCUGUGCUACAGCGCGGCCUCAGCGACUCCCGACGUAAUGCUCCGGAACGUGUACCCGACGUAUGUCAAUGACACGCUGAUUCCGACCGCCGGCACGAUCGGGCGUCUUCCUCUCGAUGUUUUCCAGAAGAUGACCGGCGGUGCCGACACCAUGACUCUUCAGAACGCCGUUGACGCAUACUACAACGCUCUCACCAACGUCUACGCCAGCGCCGGCGGCCCCUUCGGCGCCCAGACCCCCGUCCGCAGCGGCAACAACGGGCCGUACCCCAACACGCCCACGUACAUCAACCAAUUCUGGUCCCUGAUCGCCGCCUGGACGGGCAACUGCGACACCAUGGCGGUGUCGUACAGCCAGCUCGCGGACUACCUCCAGUUCUCGUCGACGAGCGACUACCAUCCUACGUGCUAAGCCCAUGUUGGAUGUACAUCUCACACUUUAGCCUCCACGGAGUGGGUGGCACUGGACUGGGCGAGCCCCGGUUGUUUCUUGUUUAUGGUGUUGUUCGUGUUCGUUCUCUCUAGGUAGCUGUGCCGCUCUUUUCACGCUACUCUGGGUCUAUCGUAUUCUUUUUGUAUGUUCGGAGACGUAGGCGUCUAAGGUUACUUAUGGUACCUCGAUACCCC